AUGACGAGAAUUUUGGAGGUUAGUCAAUAUUAGUUGACAAAAAGGGAGGGAGUACUGUAGUUUCGGAAGACUUUUUGGGAAGACUGGGAAAUUGUAUAGAUUGAGAAGAAUUGUUCUAGCGUUUUUCGAAGAAAUUAAAGACACGUUGAAAACUAGAAAUGUGUGUUCGUAAUCUUCAAAAUUUGAACGCACGCCUUUUUUCAAAGUGGUGUGUUGUUCGUUUGAAAAAAGAAAAAAACGAAUAAAAAAUGGUGGUACGGUAUGCUAAGAAUGCACACAUGUGCGGCAAAUCACGAACAUUUGUGCAAACACCAAAUUUUGCGUCGGCUGAGCGAUUUCAAAAAAGGCAAUUUCUUUUUUGACUUUCGCUAAACUCAAUAUUUUACAAUUUCGUUUAUGUACUUCCACUAUUUGAAGGAUGAUAAAAAACAUGCAAAUAAUGAUUUUUGAAUGAUUUCUAGUUUUCUACGUGUCUUUAAGAUUUUAGUAUGAAAAUUCCUAAUUAGUAGAGACAACUUCAAAGUUUUUAGCUGGAACAAAUUUUUGAUGUUCUGAAGAAAUUAACUUCAAUAAAUAACCAAUUUUUUUGAGUAUUCAAAAAUCCAAAAAAGUGUUAUUUUUUAAUUAGAAUUUUUAGCUGUUGAUAUUUUGUCUGAAAAUUUUCAUACUCCAAUUUUGAAUACUGCAAAUUAAGCUAAUUAACAAUGGAUUUUUAAAACCUAUAUCACAUUUUUCCAGCCUCUUGCAAUAAAAUCCCUGCCAAAUCGUCAUACAAUCCGCGAAAUUCUCGAAACGACAAGCCGUAAGUUGAAUCAUAUUUCAAAAAUUCAUCGUUUUUCUUCUUUUCCUUGUCCCUAAUCUUCUUCUUUUUCUUUUUAAUGAUGAUUCGAUGACAAAUGUGACACUAAAUACUACGGUAGAUAUCUGAAUACUUCUAAUGUUUAUUUAUUUAUUUUAUAUUUAUAUUUGAUACAAUCUUUCUUCAUUUUUUCUUCACAUAUGGUUAUAAUUAACAAAACAGAAAGAAGUAGUUUAGUAGUUUUUGUUUAUUUUUUCUAUCAAAAUAUUUCCCCUUUUUUUUGAAGAAGAUCCAGAAAUCAGGAACUCUUGAACGUUUCGGGAUUAGAAUUUCCUUCUUUUAAGGCCCGGCUACUUGACUUUACGGCCGAUUUAAUCCGAUCCUGGAUAAAGGAUUAAUGCUAAUUUUGUGUCACCCUCUUUCUUAUUUUCAUUAUGAUUUAUUCCAUUGUUUUGGGUGUCAACAAAAGGAAAUCAUAACGGAUUGGAAAAAUAAGAGGAGGAGCUCGGAAUACUGUAGGAAUACUGUAGGAAAAUAAGGAUAACUCGGGACGUUGGAAUUUGAGAAGAUAGCACAGUGGUUUAGGUAACUCGAAUUCCUGUUUAUGUUAAGGGUUGCUAUGAUUUCUGUAAGUGAAAUUACUGUGAAACUCUCUGAUUAUACUGAAUUUUCUGGAAUCUUGUUUAAAAAAUUCAAAUUUUUAACAUAAAAAACGUGUUCCAUUUCUUUUAAAAAACGUGAAAUCACAAUCUUUAUUUAUCAUUUCUCAAUAUUUCUAUUUUUCUGAUUCGACUUUAGUCAAAUUCUAACUCAUCAUGGAUUUUUCGAACACUCAAUGUGAGUUUUUCGGGGGUUUCAUUGCAAGUUAGAAAAAAGAAAUCUAACCAUAUUUUCUUCAAGAGUACUGUAUCUAUCUCAAAUUACUGUCUAUUAUUGUUUUGCUGCAAUUAUUUAUUCACAUUCUUUUUCUUUUUUCCGAUCCCCCAAUAGUUGUCAUAACAUGCGUCGUUUUUUCGGUAUUUCAAGUAUCUAUCUCGCUCGUUUUUUCUGUCUCGAGAUAUAAAUAAUGACAGGUUAGUGACAUAUCACACAAACCGCGAAACGUAAAUAAAUGAAUAAUGAGAUGAGCGGGGAAGAGGAGGAUACCUAUUACGCAUAUCAUUUCACCUAAAAAUAAUGAUCAAAUCUAUCGAUAAACCGACUUAAAGGUCGUUUUCUUUCGACCGACAGGCCGACUCGAACCAAAAAAAAGGUGUGAGGAAACAGAGAUGUUUAUCAAAGUAUUGACAUUAGACGGAUGCCCUUUUUUUUACUUGGAUCGGUUGUAAAAAACUAUCAAAUUUUUCGAAUUCAACUUUGAUUGAGAAAUUCCGAAUCUCUUGAGGUGGGAAAAAUGAACGUUUCAGAAAAUGAAUUCUAACUGAAGUUAUGUUUUGCUAAAUCCACGUGUCACUAGCAAGAAUACUUGGACUAUUUUAACAGAAAGUUGCCAUUUUUUGAAUUAAGAUGGAGAAGUUUGAACAUAACAUGAGUUCUUCGAUUUCGACUAUGAGAAAAACCAAUAGUGGUCCGACUAAAAAUUUGCUGAACCCUAUUUCAAACUUCUUAGCUUUGUGUUUUUUUUUUGUUUUGGAAAUAUAAAAUGAAACUCAAUUUCGUGAAAAAAUUCUUCAAAGUGAAGGUUCUGAUCUGAAAUUUCGAAUACUUGAGAAUUGAAAAUUCUAAAAUGUGUUUAGGGUAUUCUUGAGAUUCUGAUUGUGAGGUAGUUCUGAUAAUUUCGAGCCAGGCUUUGUAAAGGCUCAGAAAACGUAGAAAAAUCUAGAAAGGCCUGAGAAUUUGCUUAGAAAAUCCUCUCCCAUUUCAAUAAAUUCUGCAAACCUCUUCUGGAUUAUUGUUAUCAACAUCUCUCAUUGUCCCGGAUUAACCCAAAACAUAUGGCUGUUAUUAUUACAACAUUUCCUAACUAACUAUAUGUAAGUAUUAACAAAUAUAUCCCAAACUGUCACAAAAUCAUCAAAAUACGACCUCGACAUAAAAUAGAAAUGGCAUAUGCCGCUCCGUUCUCCGCUCCAGACCCUUCCAUGUCAGCUGUAUAUUGUUACAUAAUAAAAAUAUGUUUAUUUUUAUGUAAUUUUUCGGUAACAUAGGAACAAAACUCUAUUAUUUCCCGCCAUUUUUACGAUGAGUGGAGGAUGGGAAUUGAGAAAAAUAACCCACUCAAAAAAAGUGUAGAUUCCGGUCAAGAUUUCCCUUCCUUCCUUCUUCCAUCCGCCGCGAUAACAAUCGAACUUUUUAAUUUCACCAAAAAAAUUCCGGGACCGGAACAAAUUAGGAGUACAUGUAUAUACAUAGAUAGAUAGAAGAUCUUUUCAUUUUUUUUUCCAAGUUGGGUAAAAGUGCUAAAGUUGUAUGACUAUUUUUUAAUUGGUGGUUUUCUUGGUGUGAAAAGUGUUCCCGCUGUUUUGCAUCAAAAUAUUCAGGCCGGCCGCGCGAUUAUCAAAAACACAAAGAAGGAGGCAAAAUGUGUGAGGGGGAUUAACUGUUUCCAUCUUUUUUGCUGCUGCGCGCGGGAAAUCCGAUUACUAUUUUGAUGCAUUAUUGUUAUUGUUUUCGGGAUGAAAAAGAAGAAGAAGAAGAAGAUGUCCUUCGACUGGUCAAAAGUGUCAGCUGCUUGUUUUACUAAAUGUUGUCGGGUUACUGUAGUUUAUGAUGAGCAUUAGGACUUCAAAAAUAAUAUAAGAGCUUGCCGCAGUCGAUUUGAAAAGAACUUUUCUAUUAAUCGAAACGUUUCCAUUUCAAAUAUCCAGCUCAAUUUGUUUCCUGAUUUUUGGCUCUUUUUUUUUAAUGAGAAAACUUUGUGUCAAAUGAGUUUUCUACUUUUAAUUUUCCUUAGUGAUCGCAACUCUAACAAAUGCAUCGGUCUCGUUCCAAAUUUUUUGAGGUCCUAAACACCUUGAAAAAAGAACAAGAAUUACAAACACAUGACAAUUCUUCACUUAAAGUACUUCACUUCAAAAAUUAUUAUUUUCCUCAUUUUUCAUCUCAUAAUUUUUCUACAAAAACUCCGCCUUGUUUCUUUUUUCAAACGACCUAGAACCUUUCUCUUUUUUUCUCACAAAAAAACUUAUCUUUUUUUGUUUGAAAAUUUCGAAAUCGAUCACUUGUUUUUUUUACCAAAGUGAAGAGGUAACUAAAUCCCAUUUUUCGAUCCUUUGUCUGUCUAAUUUGUCAAUGCGCAUAAAUUUUGGUGUUGUUGAGAAAAGAGCGUCGAUUAGACAAAUGCGAUUUUUCGCAACAUUUUAUUUCUCAACUAACGGAAGUUGACCCUAUUUUCAUUUGUGUUUUUUUGUUGUUCGAAAAAAGUAGCGAAUGACUUAGGUUGGGUUGGGAAAAUAAAAUGAGGAAACAACUUUUGAAACAGUAAUUUUGACGGAAACUUUUUGAGCGAUCAAAAAAGUUAAUUUUAUAUUUUUUUUUUAAUUUUUAGGUCUCGUAUAUUUUUUGGCCAAUUGUCUAAAUUUGAACCUAUCCCAUUUUUUGACCCACAAGUUCAGAUUCUAUGAUCAAAUUCUGGAAGUUCAUCGCCGCCCGCGCAAAUCAAUUUUAAAACUAAAAGCGAAAUAAAAAAAGAAAGAUUGUUAUUAAAACAAAACACCCACAAGAAAAUAUUUUCAGAUGUAAUCGAAAUUGAAAAAUAAAAUCCAGGAUUACACAAAAAUUUCUUGGUUUUGCUUUUUCUUUUUUCUUGGGAUCUGUUUGUGUUUUUUCUUCCUAAAAUGUCAUCCUGAAUGGAAUAUUGUUUCAAUAAGUAUGCAUUAUCUACAUAUUAUUUAAAGUAAUAGUGACCUCCAUAAAAAACAACAAACGGUGGCAUCAUAAUUUAUAGUUGUCACACCAGUAAUAAAAUCAUCCUCUUAUUCUUCUCUCACACAUUCUCAUUUGAUUUUUUUAUAGUUAUAGUUGAGAUUGUAUUUAUUUAUAUUGAGCAUUGUGGGUGGAAGGUGUCUGUCACUUGUUGCAUAUUUUAUUUUUUACGACUUUUGAUCGAAGAGCAAGGCUGCUGGCACAAACUCGCAAUUUUUUCAAAAAAUCAAAUCGAAAUCUAGUCAAUGACCGGACGGACCAAUAUUUGUACAAGCUAUUUAUACAUGGGAAAAGAUACAUCCUCUCGCUUUUACUAACAAAUAAUAAUAAUACAAUCUGACUAAUCCAAUUAACCGAUACUUUUUGGUUGGCUGUGUGACCGCGACACCGCAUAGUUUUUUUUUGGGUUUUGGAUUGUUGCGUAUAUCGUUUUGUAGGUGAUCUUGGUUUUUGUUUUGGAAAAGGAAUGAGAAAACAUUUGAUUAUUACUGAAAAAGUGAUCUGCAGUUUUAAUUUUGGAAAUGUUCAUUUGAAUUUUUAUCAAGAAAUGAUUUUUGAAAUCUCACACCAGGGUUCACGUUUGAAAUUUCUGAAGUUGUUUGAAACAUUACUAAUGUUCAGAUAAAUAGUUUUUCUGGAAUUUUAACACUCCGGCUCCAAUUUAGCGCUGAACUUCAUCUUUAAAUUUUGAAGAGUUCUAGCAGAUCUGAACUUUUCUUCAAGUUGAAAUUUAUUUUCCCUUUUUUUAAUAUUCAAUGACUUCUAUUCAUUUCGUAAGCUCUUCAUGAAUCAUCAACAAAAAACGAUAAAAUUAAAUGAAAAUGUUAUCAGUUUCCAAAAUGUUUGUAGAAUGAGCCCGGAAUAAUGGAUCAAAGUUCCUAAGUUUGGAGUCACCUAAAUUUCCAUUAGAUCCCAAUUGUAUCUUUCUAACUUCUUUCCUAAUAAAAACCCCUGAAUCUUUUUUCAAACUUCAAUUGAUGUCUCAAUAUUCCAUUUUCUUUUGCUAUUCAUUCAUUAUCUGGCCAUUUACCAUUCGAUGUCCGUUUUAAUGUCUAUCCAAUCCUUCUUCUUCUUCUUCCUCUUUUCCAUUUUUUUGGUUGUCACUAAAUACAAAAAUGCUUGUCUUUUUCCUCGUUUUUUUUUCUGCUGUUCCUAUAUAAUUUGUGACAUAUUUUGAAUCGUUUUCCCACCCAUUUCAUUGCGCCCAAUUGGUGUAUGUGUCUUCAUGUUCGAUUUUCUCAAGUUUUAUUGGCGAAGACCCGGGUGGCGCCCCCAUUUAAUAAUCAUGAUUAUUUUAUUGUUGUUUUGGUUGGGUAUGGUAGGAAUUAAUGAUCAUAAAAACCCGGGUUCGGUUGAUAAGAUGCAGGUUAUCAGCAAGAAAUGUGCAGUUUUUAUGUUUUGCUCGAAGGAAAUAUUGGGAAUUCAUAGGGGUUGUUGUUGUUGUUGUUUUUUGUAGGUUUCCAGAAAACGUACUGGUUUUUUUGAGAUACGAAGAUUCUUUUGGAGUUGAAAUUGCGAAGUUCAUCGGACCAUCUCAAUUUUUUUUUUCAUUUGGACAACUUUUCAAAUAUUGUCAAAAGUUUCCGUUUGUUUCUUGAUUCGGAAAUAUUCUCAAAAAACUGAAGAUUCUUCACUUUUAAAAGUAUCUGAGAAAUUGGAGAAACGUUCUUUCAAACUUCCUGAUUCUAAAUAUUUUCCACCAAGUUUUUGAACCCAACCCACUACUCCAACCAAUCAUAAAAACUCUCAUUUCAAUUCGAAAUAGUUCUUAUUCUUCUUCUAAUAGUCAAAGUCGCGCCAAAUCACCAUCAACCUUGAUGGUGACGAUUUUCCAAUUACACACCCAACAAAACCUUUUUUCAUGCUAGCCGCAAGAAAAAAAACCUCAAAACUUAACUUACUCAUCCGCAAAAAACUAGUAAUUUCUAAUUGGCGACAAUUUAUUUUCAUUAUUUUUCGCCUUCAAACAACAACAAGAUCCGUGUCAUACGCUUAUUACUUACUUUUUGGUGGAUUUAUAUUUACUUACUAGUUUCUCGCGCUCGCAAGUGAAAUCUGAAGAGUAGUCAGGUUGGGCUGCUGGUCAUUUAUUUUUUAGUUAGUCGGCUGAAGUCAGAAAGUUAGCGUAGCUAUUUUUUGUCACAUUUUUUUUCGAGAUAAGGUGAUAGCAGAUGUUGGAGAUUUUUCGGGUGUUGGUGUGAAGCGGAAUGACUUUGAAGUUAUUUUGAAGUGUUAGGGGAAAGAAUGUGUUUCCGGACUGAAAAAAUUUCUUUUUGUAGUUUAAUAUUCAUUAGAGAUGUACUGUAGCUUCAGAGUGAUACAAAUUUGAGCAUUCAUAGAUUAAUCAAAGUUGUGAAUUUCGGAGUACUGUAGAGUGUAGACCAGCUUGAAAAUUCGUACUGUAGAAAAAUUUGGAAGACAUGUUGUUUUUGGAACAAAGCAGCCCAGAUUACUAAAAAUAUCGUAGGUCUUCUAAGUUACUGUACUUUCUUGUAGAAUCGAAUGAAAAAAUCCGCAAAAGAAUCAAAAUUGUCCUUUAUAUUUUUUUUCUCUGAAACUCCGUUUCGAAAUGUUUGUAGCUUGGUUUUGAAAAUUUUCAAAUAUCGGAAAUCGAAUUUGAUUCCACCAGUCCAACAAUAUCAAUUCUAAUCCUAGCUUUUUAUCAAAAAUCUGUAACCCCAAAACCCGAACUUCAAAGCAUACCGCAAACCAAAUUUUUGAUUGACAAUCCCAAAUUAUGUUGUUUUAUGUUAUCCCGAAAUAUUUACUAUUUGUUUUUUUGUUUGUUUGUUUGUAUAUUAUUGUCAAUAUUCUUACACCUCCCUUUUUUUCCAGGUGAUACCACUGGUGUCAUUUUCAUCGCCUUUCUUUUUUUGCACCAUUUUUUGUCGGCUUCUUUUUGUUGUUUUUGUUGUUGUUUACUAUUUCGAUUUUUUGUUUCUAUUUAUGUUGCACUUUUGGGAAGAAUCGGUUUGAUUGUAAAAAAGUGAGAAAAUCUGUCGUUUUUUGCGGCAGUCCAUCCGGCGCGCAAUAAAUAACCGAUUAUUGCUUUGGCGGGCAAAAAAUGAAAGAGAUUUUGAACUUUGAAGUGUACUUGGCUCAAAUUAGCCUAUUUUUCUUAAAAAUAGAAAUUGGGAGAGUUUUGAGCUGAUAAUGAGAUACUGUGAAUCAGUUUUUGCUUUUUUUUCGUACCUCAACGAAUUAAAGUAAUUUCUAUAGCUUGGAGCCUAGAUAAGCUCCGCAACGCUCAAAUCUUCCUAAAACAUAGUAUCUCUGGAGUUUCAAAAGCUUUUUCAAAAUUCUUUGAAUCCUAAAGCUCUUUCAUGCCUAAAGCUCACUAAAGUUGAGCCUAAUUUUCUCUGAAGUCUAGAGAAAAAUAUUUUGAGGAAUACUGUAAUUCCCAUUUUCCAAUUUUACCUCAAUUAUCACUGUAAGGCUUCUUGAGUGAAAUUAGAAACGUUUGAACAAGAAGCUGGAUUACUGUAGAUUAUUUUUUUCUGAAUUUUUUAUUUCAAUUUUUGACCUCACUAUUUUUUUUUCUGAGAAAUCUAGUACUGUAGACUAGAAACCUUAACUUUUGGUCUUCAAAGUCACACUUCAAAUAACCGCGUUUUUAUUUUCUUGCCCUAAGUUUUCAGAUAUCAUUGUCUCAUUUAGGAAAACCAGAAUCCAAAAUUUGCAGGGCGUUUCCCAAACCGUCUCUCUAAUUUUCUAAUCAUUGUUUUUCCCUAACAGUAUUAUCUUCCGGAAUAUUUGUGUUGUCUUCUCCAAAUUUCUCACCGACUUCAUUACGGCUUCUCUUUAUUAAUUUUUCGCUGUUGCAGUUACUCAACUUUUCUCCUUUUCGGCUUCUUCGGCUCAUUCACAACGGUGACACAUUUACAGCCGGCCCCCUUUUUCUUUUUUCUUUCCCCAGCCAAAAAUGUGUCAAAUGGGCGGACUUGGCCACGCCCACUUUUUUCCUGAUCAUCAUCGUAAACUCCUUCUUCUUUUUUCAUUAUUACUUUAUUAUGCGCUUCUCUAAUGUGUGCGGGGCACCGUUAAAAUAAUAAUUAUUUUAUUAAUUUUUUUUGACAAAAAAAUAACACAUUACACUUUUUCAUUCAAUUCAUCUUUUUUUUAUUUGAAACAUGUGGUUUUUUGAUUUAUCUGGUCACUCUUUGCCAUUUCGCCGCCACUUUUAUUCUCAAAGUUAGUUCUAACUCGAAUCGAAUUUCGAAAAAAAUAACAAUUCCAAAUCCGGAAAUAACUAAUCAUCAAUCGAUAAGUGAUCAAAUCAACAAAAACGAUUAUCAGUCCUCCAAAAAUCGCACCGCGACUGACUGAUAACAAUUCUUCUUUUUCUUUUCCCUUUUGCCUUCUUUCUUAAUCAUUCUCUUUUUUCGUUUGUUUUCAAGUUUUUUUGUCAACUACCUAAAAAAAUUGACUUUUCGAUUUUUUUGGGAUGUUUGGAACUUUUCGGUCUGAGAUUCUCUGGAAUUACAUUAGUGAAAUAUACGUCUAAAAUAGGAUUCCGAACUUGACCGGAUUUAGGGUUUUAAUUUUGAGCUAGACAACUUAUUCAGAUUUUGGCGGUUUCCAGCCCAAUAUAUACCAGACCCAAAAAUCUUGAAAUCGGAACCCUUGUCUGAAAAUCUUAUUUUUCCAAAGUUGUCGAGUUAUUUGGAAUGCUUGUGUAAGCUUAUUUUAUUUUUUCCUAAUCUUGAAUUUUAGUUGAAAAAAUUGAAUUGUAGCGAGGUAGGCUAAGCUUAUCCCAAUAGCUAAAUCAAAAGCCUAAAUUUUUUAGAAAUCUGAACGUAGAUGAACUUCUGAACCAAGUUUUCAACAGCUGUUGAAAACCCACCCCAAAAAAGUCAGAAAGUCAAUUUUGAAAAAAAAACCAAAUUUACGGAAAAAUUAAAUAUGAGGUCACUGAUUUUCCAAGUUUGAAAAUCGUCACUUCUGACAUCAUUUAUUAUUUUAUUUUUUCCUCAAGUAUAUUUUUAUUGAUAAACCUCCCCCAUUCUUAUCUCAUUUUAGCAGUUCCCAACCCUCCCCCCUUUCCGAAAAAAAACUCUUCCCCUCCAUUUUUUUCCAAGCUUCACCUCUACCUUUCCUCACUCAAAUAAUCAACCAAAAAGUUCCAAAACACUUGACGAAAACAUAAUCAAAUAUGUACUUUCUUUCGUUUCUCUUCUUUCAUUUCUUCUUCUUCCUUUUAUCAUUAUUAUUAUUAUUAUAUUAGUAUAAUACUAUAAUAUGAGUCACAAAAUACCGCCUUUUCCGGAUGUGUGCCUAUUUUUUGGGAGUAGGGUUGGAAUGUGAAAGGAAUCAUUUUAGGUUCCACUUUUUUCUCUUUCUUGAUAAUAAACCAUUUGAAAAUAAUCAUAUGACAAUUGAUUACUAUAGUUUUUUAUUUCAGAAGAACAACAACAAGAAAAAGAAGAAGAAAUCAAAAAAGAAAUCGAAGAAAUGAAUGUUUCGGAUAUUCUUAUGUCAUCAGCUUCCACUUCAAGUCCACCAUCAUCUGAUUCAAAUAUCACACUUUGGCAAUUUUUGCUCGAAUUAUUGACGACUGAAAGACACACGGAUAUAAUUCAAUGGACUCGUUGUCGAGAUGGAGAAUUCAAAUUGAUUGAUGCGGAAGCGGUCGCGAAAUUAUGGGGACAACGAAAAGCGAAGCCACAUAUGAAUUAUGAUAAAUUGUCGAGAGCGUUGAGAUAUUAUUAUGAGAAGAAUAUUAUCAAAAAAGUGAUUGGGCAAAAGUUUGUUUAUCGAUUUGUGACACAAGAAGCGACGGCGGAUAUUUUGAAAAAUGUGAAGAUCGAGGAUGUUGCUGAAAUUAAACCGUUUGGUAUUUUGAAUUUGACAAAUCAGAAUACGUCGCCGAUUUCAAACGGAACACCAAGUCCAUCAAACAGGUGAGAAAUUGGGCGAACAUUUUUGGAAUAUUCAGGCUUGGGUACUGUAAUUUUUUGAGAGAAAUUUCUUUUGUGAAAUAUUUCUUGACCGAACUUUGGAUAGGGAAGCAAAUUUCAAAUUUUUCAAAAAUGUUUGAUAUAGUAUUUUAGAAAAAUUAAAAGUUUGGUUUGAAAAAUUCUAAAAAGAAAUUGGAACCCUGGAAUAAUUUUUCUGAGUUCCUAAAUUUUAGGCGUUGUUUAUCAAUAUAAAAAAUCUAAUUUUAGCACAUGUUCACCAUCUUCCACAAUUUCCUCCUCAACUGCCUCUCUAAUGGCAACAACAGCACAUUCAACAAUCUCUCCGAUUCCAUCAACAUCUUCAACUCCACCAACGGCAAAUCCACCAACUCGAAAACGUCCUGCCAGUCCAACGACAGCUACAAAACCACCAGCCGCUCGUCGAGCUGCCAAACCAAAUCCAUUGAAUUUAACAGCAACAAAUAAUUAUAUGACUGCUGCUCAAUUUUCACCGUAUUUUAUACUUCAACAACAACAACAACAAGCCUCUCCACUUUUACCAUUAUGGAAUCAUUUACAAGCAAUGGCAUCCGCUUCUUUAGUAUCAGCUGGUAUUUAUGGACCACAAAUGUCACCAUUACUGGCUCAAGCAAAUUCACCAUUCCGUUCACCUUUGACAACACCAAAAGAUAAUAGCCAACAAUCUCAAACACCUCAAGUAUUUCAAUUUCCACCAAUCUCAACUUCAUCUUCAUCUUCAACAUCUUCUUCCUCACUUAUAAAUCCAUUUGCUCAUGUCCUCAGUCCAUUAGGAUAUAUGAUGACGUCACCAGCAACAACUUCAUUCAAAUUUCCGUCAUCGGAAAGUCUGAAGACACCAACAGUUCCAAUUAAAAUGCCCACUUUGUAA